UCAGGUUGCGUAAUUAAUAUUCAUGAGACAAACCCUUGCAGCUCUUUGCUGAAAACACAGAUCUUACACAAGCGUCGAUAAGAGAGUUUGAUAACUGGUUCAUCAUGGACUUCGAUCUGGGCGCAGCUGUUGGAGAUGAUCAGGUGAAGAAGUCGGAGGGCAAACAGGUGGAAGGUAUCUUUGGGUUUGGAAAGAAGGAUAAAGACAAAGAAAAGGGCAAGGAAAAGAGCAAAGACAAGAGUGAUUCUAAGCAUAAGGAUGAACACAAAAAACACAAAGAUAAAGAACAUAAAGACAAAGGCAAGAAGAAGAAGAAAGACAAGGAGCACUAGAAGAAGGGCGGUGGCAAGUCCUCCUCUUCCUCCAGCGAUUCGGACUGAAGCAAGAUUCAUCAGAUACCUCCAGAAACAUAAUGUAAAAAUCUUUAUUGUAUGAUUAUAUGACAAUCUCUUGAAGUUAUUGAGCUGUAAUUCCAAACUUCCACAAGGUGGCGCUACCUACAUGUCAAAUCUUCAAUGAAACACUGGAAUAAAGAGACUUAUCUGCUAUUUUUGUUAAACUGUUUGCUGGUUUAAUAAAUUCUGAUGUUUGAAA